GUCAAAUAUUCUGUAUAUACUAAAAGUACAUGAAGUAUAUUAUUUUGUUAUUAAAGUUAUAAUUUUAUAAAUAGUUAAUAUAUUAAUGUAUAUCUAAAUAAAAAGCUAUAUCACAAGUACAGUAAUCAAUGAAGCGCAUGAUUAAUGAAAAGCGCCUUGGCAUAACGCGGUUGAACCAAAUAAUAUCAAAACAAUAGAGAAUAAUCUAUUGUAAAUAUAUUAUACUUAAUUUAUUAACAUUAUUAAUAUUUUCAAUGAUGUUAGAACGCAAAGAUCCAGAAGGAAAUUUAUAUGUUUUUAAUGAAGAGGAUUUACCAUAUGAAGAAGAAAUUUUAAGAAAUCCUUAUUCUGUGAAACAUUGGCAACGUUACAUAGAUCAUUUAAAAAGCACAAAAAGCAGUAAUUUGAAUAUUGUGUAUGAGCGGGCAUUGAAAGAACUUCCUGGAAGUUACAAGUUAUGGUACAAUUACCUACGUCAACGAGUAAGUCAAUUAAAGGGAAGAUGCAUAACAGAUCCUCUUUAUGAAGAUGUAAAUAAUGCAUUUGAACGUGCAUUAGUAUUUAUGCAUAAAAUGCCUCGGAUUUGGAUGGAUUAUUGUACAUUAAUGACUGAACAGUGCUAUAUUACACGUACCAGGCAGGUUUUUGAUCGUGCACUCAGAGCUCUUCCUAUCACUCAGCAUCAUCGUAUAUGGCCAUUGUACAUUGAAUUUUUGAAAAAACAUAAUGUAUAUGAGACUGCUAUUAGAGUUUUUAGAAGAUAUCUUAAGCUAGCCCCAGAAGAUACAGAAGAAUAUAUAGAGUAUUUAAUAUCAAUUGGUAGGCUAGAUGAAGCUGCUGUAAAACUAGCACAGAUUGUUAAUCAAGAUGAUUUUGUAUCAAAGCAUGGAAAAUCAAACCAUCAGUUAUGGAAUGAAUUAUGUGACUUAAUAUCAAAAAAUCCCUCUAAAAUAAAAUCUCUUAAUGUAGAUGCUAUUAUAAGAGGUGGUUUAAGACGUUACACAGAUCAGUUAGGACCUUUAUGGAAUUCAUUAGCGGACUAUUAUGUCCGCAGCGGUUUAUUUGAAAGGGCAAGAGAUAUUUAUGAAGAAGCAAUACAAACAGUAACCACUGUCAGAGAUUUCACUCAAGUUUUUGAUGCAUAUGCACAAUUUGAAGAACUUAGUCUCAGUAGACGUAUGGAGGAAGCUACAAAGAAUCCUACAGAAGAUGAUGACAUAGAUUUGGAAUUGAGACUAGCGCGAUUUGAGCAUCUAAUGGAAAGACGUUUAUUAUUGCUGAAUUCUGUAUUAUUAAGACAAAAUCCUCAUAAUGUACAAGAAUGGCAUAAAAGAGUUAUGCUGUAUGAAGGACAACCACACGAGAUUAUUAAUACAUAUACGGAAGCUGUACAAACGGUGCAACCACAAUUAGCAGUAGGCAAAUUACAUACCUUAUGGGUUGCAUUUGGUAAAUUUUAUGAAGAAAAUGGACAAAUAGCAGAUGCUAGGGUAGUUUUCGAGAAAGCUACUCAUGUCCCAUAUACCAAAGUAGAUGACCUUGCUUCUGUGUGGUGUGAAUGGGCAGAAAUGGAAAUUAGACAUGGAAACUAUAAAGAAGCUUUAAAGCUAAUGCAUCGUGCUACUGCUAUGCCAUUCCGCAAAGUAGCUUAUCAUGAUGAAACUGAAACUGUUCAAAUGAGAUUGUAUAAAUCAUUAAAAGUAUGGUCUAUGUAUGCUGACUUGGAAGAAAGCUUUGGUACAUUUAAGACGUGUAAAGCAGUGUAUGAUAAAAUCAUUGACUUGAAAAUUGCAACGCCACAAAUUAUUAUUAAUUAUGGUUUGUUCCUAGAAGAAAAUAAAUACUUUGAAGAAGCUUUUAGGGCAUAUGAAAAAGGAAUUGCACUUUUCAAGUGGCCCAACGUUUAUGAUAUAUGGAAUACUUAUCUCACGAAAUUUUUAAAACGUUAUGGUGGUACAAAAUUAGAACGAACGCGAGAUUUAUUUGAACAGUGCUUAGAACAUUGUCCACCAAAAUACGCCAAAGCCUUGUAUUUAUUGUAUGCCAAAUUGGAAGAAGAGCAUGGUUUAGCUAGGCAUGCAAUGUCCGUGUAUGAACGAGCAACAAGUGCUGUUCUUCCUGAAGAGAGGUUUGAGAUGUUCAACAUAUAUAUAAAGAAAGCAGCGGACAUAUACGGUGUUCCAAAAACGAGACAAAUUUACGAAAAAGCUAUUGAGGUACUUAAUGAAGAAAAUACGAGAGAAAUGUGCCUACGAUUUGCAGAAAUGGAAACGAAGUUAGGAGAAGUCGACAGGGCUCGUGCAAUAUAUGCACACUGUAGUCAAAUUUGUGAUCCAAGGGUAACAUCUAAUUUCUGGCAAAUAUGGAAAGAAUUUGAAGUGAGACACGGUAAUGAAGAUACAAUGCGUGAAAUGCUUCGAAUUAAACGUAGUGUUCAAGCUAUGUAUAAUACUCAAGUAAACAUGAUGUCUGCUCAAAUGUUAAAUAAUGCUACAAAUCCACCAUCUGACGUACCAUUAGACGCAAUGCGACUUCUGGAUAGUAAAGUACCAAAUACAGAGAAUGUUACUACGUAUAAGGAUAGCAUUAAGUUUGUUCGCGGUGUAACUGAAAAAGACGGUAGACCGGAAUCACAAGUAAAUAACCCAGACGAAAUUGACAUCGAUGUAGAUGAAGAAGUUAACGACAAUGAAGCUGAUAUAGAAGAAGAUAUACCUAUAGAAAAACAAAGUAUUCCAUCACAAGUGUUUGGUAGUCUAAAAACAACUGAAGGAGAAGAUGACUAAAGCAUACAUAAAUUAUA